AUGAAAGGCUUUAUCUCUAGAACUUUUUUUUAUCUGCGUCAAAGGCCUUCCUUGUCUACAAAAUUUCCCCCCGUAGAAAAUGGGGUUACGAUGCUCUCGUCAGUGACGAAUGCCCCUUUUCCAUCACACUGUCAAAAAAUUCUUCGAGAGUAUGCCAAAAGGCAUAUGUUUACUAGCAAGUAUUGGAUAACCCGACCACAAGCGCACCGUUCCAGUAACGCCAAUGCACUUCCAACAGAGAGCCCUGUGCCGAUUCAUCUGCAAGUCGAGGCAGUGAUACCCAUUACAUCUCUUCCUAGGCUGACACAACAGAGGAUAGUUGAUGAAUAUCCACCUUUUUUGGGAUCAGGCGUUGGUAUUUUGUCUGAGCGGAGAAAAUGGAAGGCCGUCACAGCUGGGCGGCUCAUUCAGUUGCUAAAUCCCAGCGAAGAGGAUCGCGCGUUGUUCAUUGAUGUGAUAAUUGCAAAGGAGUUAGGUAUCAAAUACAAACGCCAAGACGUUAUUGAUAUUCGUCCCGCUAGCUCCGUAUUUGUCUUUAAUGCUGAACAGCUAGACGAUCCUUACAAAGGUGAGCCCCAAAAAGGAGUGGCUCUUGACGCAAUCACUGGGAAGCGUUUAGGACAACCUGCGCACGACAUUCUAUUAGGAGUUGGAAUCUUGCGUGGCUACACAUCCCCCAUGUGGAUUGCCGAACGCCAACUCAAGUACAUAAACCUUGAGCUCAAGACACAUGCGCAUAAAGAAGCUGUUGUUGCUCCCAAUAUGACUGGCUUUAUUGUUCCUCUAUCUGUUCUUCCGGCACCGUGUAGAGAUGAUCUACUUGCUGAACUUACUCGAAGUUGCCCUGAUGCAUUCGGGUUUGACAUUUUUUUCAUUUACAAUGUAAACGGAUGGGAGUCUACUCGAUCCUCCGUUUUAGUAAAUCACAUGUUGGCAAUUAAUGAUAAAAAGUAUCCAUUUCAUUUUGUCAAUCUUACAAAUUUAUAUAUACAAAAACCGCAGUAUGCUAAAAUGGCGAGUAAUUUUUAUUCCAAAUACAAACCUAUUGGAGUUUCUCUGUUAGAAAUUCCAGAUGCCGGGAAAAAUGUCAAGCAUCACGCGAAAACGAGAUUAGCAGUUCAAUGUUCCAGUGGAAGGAAACCAUUUUUCUUUUUUUUUGCAGAGGAUGCUACCCUUCGGCGUUAUUAUAAUGCAUGCUGCAUGACUAAGCCGUACCUGACUGUGCCCUCGGUCCGCUCCAUUGCUAUACUUAACGGAAAGUUGGUUGGCCAUCGUGACGAGUCCAUUCUACGUGCGUUUGCCCUCAAGCAUACCUUAUCUAGUCCUCUAUGGCUUACUGAGUCUGGUGCGAGGCGCCUUGGUGUUCGUAUUCAUCCGAAGCACACGAAGCACUUCGUUACUAUUGGUGCGGCGGCGGGUGAUACCGAUCCCGGUGAGGAAGGCAUGGAGGGCUUUUACAACGUUGACGAUUUUUCACGUCCAGAAGAAAUUUUAUCUCUCUUCCCCAAGACAAGCAAACGUGUUCACUUUAUGCUAGACUCUAAAUGGCGUCCUGUUUUAGGCAAACAACACCAAACUUUUCUUACCUCUUUGAGGCGUCGAACGCCUCUUUGGAUCUCAGUCAAUGAGUGUCUUAUGUCAGGGUUUGAACCGAAUCAAGAUGCUACGUUAUACAAAUUUCCUACAAGGAAUAGGAAAGAGGCCACUGGAACAAAGCUUUAUAAUUCACAGCACACAACGGAUCCUGUUCGUGUUAUUGGACUUUCAACUAUGCUAAUUCGACCACAGGGGAUAUCAUUGCAACAUUCAGCUCUCUAGUUUUGUCCACUCUUUCGUUUUCUUGAAAAAUGAAAAGUCUUUAUCGUGGAAUCAUAUCUUACUAGUUGAAACAACGUACAAUGUGAUAGAAUAGAUAUCCAUAUAGUAUCAAUAAAUGGUUUUGGUUAGAGUGCUAAACAGAUUUAGUCACCAAUCUAAUGACGGGCUUGUCCGUUGUUUACAUAUAUUUUCCAAUAUUUAAUGUUUAUUUUAAGAAUAGAAUACUGCUUUCUUUUGUUGUUGAUAUAUUUUUGAAAAAAAGAACAGAGCCCUUGGUAUAUGAAAUACACUUUACAUAUAUUACCAAAAUUGAGUAAGUUAUUGUAAUACUUAA